AUGAAAAUUUUGUAUUUCUUAUCAGAAGAUAUUGAAUUGCCGACAUUCUUGCGAAAUUUUACACCUGGUCAUGUAUAUAUUCGAUGUUUAACUCAUGGUGUUGAUAUUCUUCAAAGACUUCGAAAAUAUAAAGAAGCAGUUAUACUUUUAGAAGAUUUGUUGACUCAAAAAACUUAUAGGCAAGAUUAUAGGGGUUAUUGGUGGGAUAGAUUAGCUCUUAAUUUAGAUCAGCAUUUGAAACAGCCUGAAAAGAUUCACGUCAGGAUGCUGACACCAGUUAAUCUUAUUUUAAUGCGAAUUAACUUGCGUAACCACGAAAUUGCGAUAAAUCAAAUAUUUUUCAGAGAUAUUGAAUUGCCGACAUUCUUGCGAAAUUUUACACCUGGUCAUGUAUAUAUUCGAUGUUUAACUCAUGGUGUUGAUAUUCUUCAAAGACUUCGAAAAUAUAAAGAAGCAGUUAUACUUUUAGAAGAUUUGUUGACUCAAAAAACUUAUAGGCAAGAUUAUAGGGGUUAUUGGUGGGAUAGAUUAGCUCUUAAUUUAGAUCAGCAUUUGAAACAGCCUGAAAAGAGUAUUUCUGUAAUAGAAAAAGGUCUAAAUGAUGAAUUUGUGAAAUAUGGUCAUCGUUUGAAUUUAUAUAACAGAGCUAAACGUUUGAAUGAUACUCUACCCAAAAAACAUAAUUGUUUGCUAAAUAAUUAUCAUGAAAUGAAUAUAAGAGAGAUUCCAAAGCUUGUUAUAAAAGGUCGCUUAUUACCACGGAUGAUACCUGGAAGAAAGCAUUUGUUUAUUUCUUCUACCUCAUCUGAUUCUCUUAGUGAAGGGGAUAUGGCAGUACUUUCAGUUGAAGACUUAGCUCUUGAAUAUUAUCGUAAUCAAGGAUAUACACAGGGUAUCCAUGGAGAAGGUCCAACAUUUGUCAGUCUGUUUUGCUUAUAUUUUUGGACUGAGAUUUAUGAACAUGAUAUUCCAGAUGCAUUUAUUUGUCCUCAUCAAACACAUCCACUAGAUUUAAAUUCGGAUGCUUUUUUUCAAAGUAGAAAAUUAGAAAUUGAAAAACACUUAGAAAAAUUAAAACAAUUAUCUAUUGAAGAAGUAAUAGAAUUUGGAAGAAUUAACUGGCAUAAGCAUAAAGAUAAAAUGUGUCUAAUCCAGUGGGAUAAAUUUAUUGACUGGGAGCAAGUAGAAAGUCUGAUUAGAUGUCUUGGUAAUAAUCUUCUAGUUGGAAUAUGUAAACGAUUAGCUGAGAAUUUUCGACACUGUCGAAGUGGAGCACCUGAUCUUGUUGUUUGGAAUCAAGAUGAAUUACAAAUCAAGUUUGUUGAAGUGAAGGGACCUGGAGAUCAGCUAUCUUCAAAACAAAUUUUAUGGUUGGACUAUUUGUUAUCAUUAAAUGCUGAUGCAGAAGUAUGCUAUAUACAAGCUAUAAAUUCCAGGAAACUGAGUUGAAGAAAACUGUGUAUGUAUGUUUUGUAAAGGAAUAAUUUUUUGUAUGAAAUAAAAUAUAUAUUUAUAUAACUUAAUUCAUUGUAAAAACAAUUCUUUUUAACAACAAAAUUAGUUGUAAUUUUAGAAUUUAAAAAUGCUCCUUUAAGUGUUGUACAUUACACUUAUAGCAGAUUGAGUUCUGGAAUUAUAAAAACUUAAAAGAAACCAAGUCAGAAUGAAGAAAUUUUUAAUAUAGUUAAAAGGAAUCAUUUUGAGAAACUAUUUGUAUAUUCUUUCAGAAAGUUGUAAGAAAAUAUUCUUAAGAUUCUUUUAAAUUUAUUACAUUUGAGCAUUUUUAAUGCCAUACCAUUGAGACAUGAGAAAUUAAAGAUUUUGCUGUACUAUAAAUGAAACUCUGUUUUUUUUAUUCAAUGGUAACUUUCAAAUUAAUAAAAUGUAUUAUUUUAACAACA